GUAGGCUAGUGUUAUAACAUUCAGUAUCUUUCUAUACCCCUCAUUCAUUUUAGCUAAAUCAUACAAAGAACAUAAAUAGAUGUAAAAUAUAUCAAAUACAGUUUAUACAUUAUUGUGCUUUUGCGUUUAUUGGUACAACUCGAGGCCAACGAAAGUUUGUUUCGGUGAGUAAAGAGCCUUUGGAUGAAGAUGGUGCGCCCAAUUCGUCGCAAGGGAAUCGAGGAGGUCUACGGUUCCAAAAUGGAUACGUUGCAUCCGGUAAAGUCGGUGGCGAUAUCCCAUGCAGGUGUGAAUAAGAAAACAGCAAGGACUGAGAGAUCGGGUCCAGGCGGUGCAACUGGCGGUGGAGGAACCAUUAGCUCCCGACAAGUCGAUGCUCGCACUCAGCGCAGUUUUGUCACCGAAAAUGAUUACUACAUCACCACCAAUCUGCCGUUGACGGCGGCCAAUCUGCGAAAUGCCCCCGGUUCGAUGGCUCCGCCAUCAAUAUCGCAAAUGAUUCCCGGCCAUGUCCAGCCAUCUCCAUACAACGCCAUGCCCUCGAGGCGAAAUCAAAUGGCCAACAAGGCCAGUGCCCGUCAGGCGCCGAUGAACAAGGUGCCGCAUUUUAGCCCAACCGAGGGCACGGUGAACCCUAAUGGCUAUGGCAUGUCCAAGUCGAAGGAGACAUACCGAAUGAAGCACCGCGAAAAGGGCAAUACCCAGAGGAACGACUAUCCAAUGGAUGACAACGACGACUUCUCCGAUAAGGAAAUAAUGGUGCCCCAGCAGGGAAAUAUGGGAAACAUGCGCCGGCACAAUCAGCACUCUCAUGCACAUCAAAUGCAAAUGCAGUUGCAAUCCGGAGCAAUGCAGCAUCCGCCGCAGCACCAGCUGCACCAGCAGCAGAUGACUACUCACCACCACCUCAAGCAGCAGCAACAGCAGCGCCUCCAGCAUUCGCAACCGCAUCAGCAUCAGCAUCCGCAUCCGCAUCAGAAGCAGAUGCGUGGGCGACAGCCUGUUCCGGCGAGCAAGGUGCACGUGAGUACCGCCGAUGACGAUGAAGAUAAGGAGGACGAUCCUGAGGAGUUCUUUGACCUGAUUCGCCAGACUGUCAAAACGGCCGUUGGCAACACCAUAUCCGAUGCUCUGGCAAAGAACUUUCGCGAUCUGAGCCACAAAAUCGAAAGGUUUUCGGGCGAACUGAAGCAGACAAACGCUAACCUGGAUAAGCUGCAGGAACAAGUCACUAGCAAGGUAAUUUACUUCGGUGAGGAAAACUCACGACACUUUCGGUACUUGUGCAUGAAAUCCGAGUACGAUAAAAUGUUUUACCAGCAUCAAUCGCUGAUGAAUGGAAAGCCAACUCAGGAAAUGCUGAGUCUUUCAAAGGCGAACUUAGAAGCAGCGGCCUCAGUCAGUCAGAAUCUGGCACGGAAGCCGUCGCAUAGUUUAAAACAACAACCAGGAAAAGUGUCCCUGAUGAACUCUUGUGCCUAUCGUAGCAUCUCCAAAGCUCAGCAGCCAGUUCAUGCUCCACAAAAGUCGUCAUCGGACCAAAGUUUAGUUGUAAAAUCAUCUGAUGUGGGCGUGCUAGAAGCCCUGGAUCAAAUUCAGCGCUACUGCAAUCAGGUGAAACUUAAGGAUAUGAAUGGUCAGAUGCCGGCUGAACUGCCCAAUCUCGAGGACAUCUUGAUACCCAAGAAUAAUUCAGGCGGUGGCCUUUGUGAGCCAGCAGCCAUGAGCUCUAGAACCCUCGCAGGCUGUCAGAAAAAUAAAAAGGUUGACGACGCACAGAUGGAAACGCCCAUUGAUAGUACUGAUGAGACCUACACCGAAGUGGAUGACUUCCAGCUCUCCUCGGACAUCUCGACCUGCAGCGAGGACGAUGACUGCGGUCUCAAGUAUCCAAGUGGAGCAACCACGAGCCGGCCCAACCGCAAAUUGAAUCGAAGGGUAGCCAACCAAGGCGCCGGAGAUGGUCAGUAAGGCCACUGGAGUGAAGAUAAGGAGCAUUUAAACUGAAGGGUAACCCUUUCCUAGAUAUCGCCUUAAUACUUAUUUAAAUAUUACUUUUGGAAUGACCUAAAUUAUUUCUGAUAAUGUAAAACAAAAAAAAAAAUUGGAUCAUAUGUUUCGACAAAUUAACUAUAACUUAUCGUACCUGGCGUACAUGUAUUCAAUUAAUUCAUCUUUAGGAUCACAAUUAAACUAUGUUC